GACAUUUGUUAUUGGGAGUGACAAGGUGAGAAGUGCAGAGAAAAAACGGGGAGUGUAGAAAUAGUCGCAAAAAGUUAAAAAAUUUCGCAGCAAAACUGGACGAAUUGGCUACAUUUCCGGGAAAUUCGCAGCGUCGCGGGUCUGCGAUGUGCUCGCACCCCUGCGACGAGGCAGUCAUCGCCACCAAUGACGACGCCAGCGAAUGCAAGAGAAGUGCUGUGCGUCUGGGCUACUGGCAGGAUGAUUAUCUGGGCUACUUCGUAAAGUCCCCAGCUGAACGGAAGGCACCCGAGAUAAAUAGGGGCUACUUUGCUCGGGUGCGUGGAGUUGAGAUCUGUAUUGAGAAGUUCCUGCACAGAACGGCUGGAAAUCCCUGUCAGAUCAUCAAUCUGGGCUGUGGCUUCGACACACUGUACUGGCGCCUGAGGGAAGCUGGUCAUGCCAUUGCAAAUUUCAUUGAGUUGGACUUUCCCACGGUCACGGCCAGGAAGUGCUACGCCAUUAAGAGGAACAAACGUCUGCUGGACAAAAUUCAUGUGGCUGAAGAUGGGGAAGUACGCCUAAGUCCGACAGAUCUCCAUGCCAGCAACUAUCACAUCAUGGGCGUGGAUCUGCGAAAUAUCGAUGAGUUGCACAAUAAGCUCAAUCAGGCUGAGAUUGAUUACACAAUUCCCACAAUCUUCCUGGCCGAAUGCGUUCUAGUCUACAUUGAAACCCAGAAUUGCCACAAUCUCCUCAAGUGGCUGGCCGGGCACUUCCCCACGUCUGUCUUCGUCAACUACGAGCAAGUGAACAUGAAUGAUCGCUUUGGGGAAGUGAUGCUGGGCAACCUGAGGGCCAGAGGAUGCAAUCUGGCUGGAGUAGAUGCGUGCACAUCGUUAGAGACGCAGGUGUCACGCUUCCUGGACUGCGGAUGGCAUGGAGCAAGGGCAUGGGAUAUGGUACAAGUGUACCAGAGCCUUCCAAAUGGCGAGAGGCAGAGGAUAGAGAGGCUGGAGAUGCUGGAUGAGGGGGAAUUGCUGGUGCAGCUGUUCCAGCACUAUGCCAUCACAAUCGCCUGGGUCGGUGAACUUUUCCAAGACAUUGAGAUCACGGUGGAGAGGAGGAUGUCAUCACUCAAUAUCGACUAAAACUAAAAGCUCUAAGCUAAAAUGAAUAAAAUUUGUGUGAACAA